GGGGCCACCGCUCCCUGCGCCCCUCCUUCUCCAGCCCCCCAGUCACCCCUGGGCGCCACCCGGGCGCUGGCUCCGCGGGCCAGGCGGACGGCGGCGGGUGGCGUCUUUGGCCCGGGCCGGGUCGGGCUCCGGCUCCAUCUUGGGCAGCUGCGCCGGGCACCUGUGGCGGCCGCAGGAGCAGCGCUUCCGCCGGCCUGCGCGGCCCCGGGCGGGCGAGAGGGCCACCAUGAGCACCAGCCGCCCCGAGCCAGGUGCCCGGCCAUCCUGGAGCCCCCGCCCGCAGCCCCUGUCCCGGAGCUCGUCCAGCCUGCUGGGUGAAGGCCAGGGGCAGAGACCAGAGCUCCGCAAGAGUGCCAGCAGCACCGUAUGGCAGGCCCAGCCGGGCGAGGCCAGCAGCAGUCUGCAGAGUCCAGAGGAGGAGGAACAGCACACUGAGAGCAAGGAGCAGGCACAGGCAUCCAGCCCCCGGCCCCGGCCCCGUGCUGUGGGCCACUGGCGGAGCAGCACUGUGGGCAAUGUGUCUACUGUGGGCGGUGGUGAUCUGUGUCGCCUGCGGGCCCCUGGCGCCACUGCCAUGCAGAGGAGCCACUCGGACCUGGUCCGUAGCACCCAGACCCGGGGUCGCGGUGCUACCCAGAAGGCCAGCCUCAGCUGCUCGGCCCUUGGCAGCUUGCCUGUCCACAGGGCGCGGCUGCAGCCCAGCCGUACUUCUGGCCAGGGAGGCCAGGCCCUUGCCAGCCUAGAAAGGGACCUGGCUCCAGAGGAAGGGUCUUCGAACUCAGCCUGGACACUGGGAGAGAGUCAGGUGAGGGUAACGCCACCAGACGUGGGAGGGACAGCCCCCGCCAGCAGCAGCCCCCAGGCCGGACCCGAAGCCACUGGGCAGCCGGCAACCGCCUCCUGCCACGCCCUGUCUGCAGCAACGCUACUGUGCGGGAUGAGGGAGGUGGGGACCAGUGGCUGCUGCCACGCCCUGCCAGCCCCAGGGAUCCUGGCCUUCCCCAAGCUAGUGGCCUCUGUGAGUGAGUCUGGGCUACAAGCACAGCAUGGGGUGAACUUCCAGUGUAGGUUGCCUGGGGUGCUCCCUGGGCAUUCCCACUGUUGUGCCCAUCACCCUUGGGGUCCCACCGGGUCAGCCACGGAGCCUGGUGCCAGGACCAAGGAUGUGUGGACCAUGACCUCAGCCAGUGACUUGGCCCCUGUGUUGGCAUCCUCUCUGUCAGCCCAGGAUGCUGGUGUGCAGGCAGCACCCAUGGCUGUCUGCAAGGCUGUGGCCACCAGCCCGCCCCUGGAAGGCCCUGCGGCCCUGCACACAUUCCCGGAGGUAACCGUGGGGGCCAACCUGGAGGAGGCACCCUCCCCCGUGCGGGAUGUGCGAUGGGAUGCUGAGGGCAUGACCUGGGAGGUGUACGGAGCUGCAGUGGACCCCGAGGUGCUGGGCGUGGCCAUCCAGAAACAUCUGGAGAUGCAGUUUGAGCAGCUGCAGCGGGCGCCUACCAGCGAGGACAGCCUGUCAGCGGAGGGCCGCCGGGGGCCGCUGCGAGCCGUCAUGCAGUCCCUGCGGCGCCCGAGCUGCUGCGGCUGCUCUGGGGGAGCUCCCGAGUGAGGGGCCAUGGCCCUUGGAGCUCUCCUGAGCCCUCCUUAGACUCAGCCUCAGGGCCCGGGCUGCAGGGGGUGCCACGUUUCUUGGUCCUACCGGCGGCUGUGGACGUGUCUCUGCUGUUGGUUGACCGCAGGGCGCAGGACCACAGCCCGGGGGACCACUGCUUCUCACAGCUGGGCUGGUUUUUAAGGGCUUGAUCCCCAUGAGCCACAUCUCUGCACGUCGAGGCUCUGAACCUUGGGACAGACUUUCAGCACCGUGCAGGAGGAGAUUCCGAUUCUUCUGUAAAAAUACUUGAUAUUCUGUGUAGUCUCUCCUCAGAAGUCUGCUGCAAUUUCUCUGAAGGCUUUUGGUGGCUGUAUUUUAGAGCUGAGCUAUAGUGCUGAGCUAUAACACCUUCCUGACAUGAAAGUUGGGGGCCCAAGUGAUAGGACUGGCUGGGUCUUUAGCGCAGGGCACGGAUGUUGAAGACAGCCUGUGUGCCCCCCACUGUGCUUGUCACCUUACCCUGGGGAGCACCCGCCUCUUUGCCCCAUUAUCUGGAUGAAACCAUGGACACUUGGCAAGGCUGUACCUGACAGGCCCGGGGCUGGCCUGCUGGAGGGCGUGGGCUAAGGUUCAAAGCCAAGGCUGGCUGAAGGCUGCAGUCUUUUUCCUGCAGCACAUGACUGGUUAGUGCAGUACAGUCACGAACCAGAAGAAUUUAUUGAGUCACUAUUCUGUGCGGGGUUCUGUGGGUUUCUUGGGGAAUGAGACAGGCUGUCUGCACCCUUGCUGAGCUGACAGUGGGGGAGGUGGCACAUCAGGACCAGGGUGCUGAGCGUUACAGAAGGGCUGGGGGUGCUACUAAGAGUCAGCCCCCUUGUUGGUCAUCGUGGCAGAAGCCAGUCUCAGGAAGGGGAGAACAGGUGGCUCUUUGUCCCCAAAUAUUUUGGCAGGGCCUGAAAUUGCACCCUUGUCACCUCAUUCCUGUGGCUUAAUGAUUUAUUCCCAGCUGGUGCGGUCCUUGGAAGGAGGGAAGGGAGAAAUGGGUGGGAAAAGGGAAGGGGCCUGGAGUGGGGUCUUCCACCUCGUGGGAAAUGGCCAGAGCUAUGAGGCCCUGGGGAGCAGGGAGGCCCAUGAUGGGCCUGUUCUCUCAGCCGUGCCCAUGUGAGUUGACCUGGGCCAGGCAGUGGGGAGCCAGGGAUAUGGAGUGAGGAAGCCCAGGACACAGGCUUGGUACAGACUGACUUCAUUGCCUGAAGAUCUCUCAGGCGCUGUGGAGUUUGGGGACAGGCUUGUGUUGUCAUCUUGGGCUUAGCAUCGAAGAGUAAGUCCACCAACGUACUCUUAAGAGGUUAGGGGGCUGCUCAGGGUCCCCUGCCCUGGGGUGGGGUCAGGGCCCAGAUGCUGAGCAGGGUAUUGAGGACACAGUGGGGCUGGACAGAUGGACCGUGGGGAAGGGCACACCAGGCAGCUGGGACAGUCUGGUCAGAGACCUGGAGGUGCCCGUCCUGCUCAUGCUGUGGUGAGCCACGGUAAUGUAGCCUCUGUCGGAGUGUUUGUUGGGUUGGGAGGCUGGCAAGGGUGCCCCAUGGUGAGGACAGGACGAGGUGGGAGGCAGGGCCCAGGAGAUGUGGGUGUACGAGCCAAGGGGGGUGCCUGUCAAGGGGAGACGGAAGGGGAGCUGGGGUUUGGGUAUGCGCCACACACACACACCACACACCCAUUCUGCAGUGGCUUCAGGAAGGAGGAGGAGUUCCAGGAGCCUGAGGUUUCCAGUUUGAGCAAAAGGAGGCGAGGCCACCACCUGGGACGAGAGGAGGCAGGUGAAGGGUCACAUGUCAGGAUAUUUGGCUUGGAUCAGUGAAACCCUUAAGAGACUUUCUCUGUUAUAUGCAAAUUGGAAUGAGUUCAUUCUCUGUUGGGCUGAUGGGGGCCAACCUGGCCAACCCGUGCCGCUUCUAGUCUGCACCUAGAGUGCCAGGAUGUUGGGCUGGGCUGGGCCCUGAGUGGGAAGGGCCAGCCAAACCUUCUACCCAACUCAUAACUGAGAUAAAUGUUUGCAGGGUGGUGUUGGAAUCCAGGUGUGUCUGGCCUUGGGACUGUGCAUGGCUGGGGACCCCGUCAUACCCUCCUGGGUAGGCUUGCCACCCUGGCCAUGGCCCCAUGGCUCAGACCGCAUAGCCCUGGCCAGUGGGUUUACCUAGUGACUACAGCAGAAUCCCUGAGUUUGCCCUGGAGAAUGAACCCCUCAUCCCUGUCCCAUUGCUGUGGCCCCUCCCUGGCCAGGCACGACCCGUUGUGGUUUAGGGACUCAAGAUAUGUCCACCUGCUUAGUUUGCAGAUCUCCCCUCAGAUUCCAGAUUUGUGACCAGAAUCUCUGGGUCCCCUUCAGGCCCUGUUGUGGGAGGUGGUGGAUUUCAUUAUUUGUACAUUUGUUUUGUUCUGAAUUUGAAAUAAAGUUUUGGAGGUCA